GAAGGCAGGGAGGGGAUGCUAAACUUCAAAAGGAAAACAAAAAAUAGUGGAAAUGAAGAAUUGGAGGGAAGGUAUGUUUUUUAUUUUCUUUCUCUAGUGGAGGCUAUGGGCUUUUGCUUUAUCUUACAACCUUCUUUUUUGUUCUUUUUACAAUUAUUGAUCCCAAGAGUGUUUCUUUUCAUCUGCUUUUUUAUUGUGGUUUAGAGAUUAAUCGUUGUCAUUUGUGCAAAGAAAAGAUUACGAAAAAAGGAAGCACUUGAUGUAGGUGUAAAGCUAGAUGGCUUACGAAGCGCCAUAUUGGGAUAUGUAUAUCCUGUUUGCUUUACUCGUGGAUCUUGAAAUAAAGAGAUCAAUAUAUAGGCACGAUAUAUUCUAAUUAUUAUAUGUUAUGUCUAAUGAGCACAUAGCAUGAUGUUAAAUAUAUAGUCGAACAGGAAAACAAUAUAUAAUUUAUAUAUUGGAAAGUUGACAAAUUGCACUAAAUAGAAUAAGCAAGUAAGUUUAUAUAGUCUACUAUCUACAUAUUCUAUGCCAUCUGCCGGCUUAAAUAUUCAUAGUAAGACAAAUGUUAAUAUGAAGAACGACGUAUACGAUGCUUCACAGGCGAAGUUUGUAUGUGUCCUUUGUCACCUAGUUUUUUUGUCAUAUGCCAUAUGGCUAAGGUUUCCAUUUAUAUAUCAAGUAUACCAUGUACAUGGUUUGGCUUAAAUCUAUACAAAAAAGAAAAUUAAAUGGCAGAUUGGGCACCUGUUCUAAUAGGGGUGUUGCUGUUUGUGCUGUUGUCGCCCGGUUUGUUGUUUCAGCUUCCGGGUAAAGGGCGUGCAGUUGAGUUUAAUAACUUCCAGACGAGUGGGGUUUCCAUUUGUGUCCACACAAUCAUCUUCUUUGGAAUGAUCACUAUCUUACUCAUUGCAGUUGGUAUCAGCAUCAACAUAGGCUAGCUAGCAGAUAUAUAAUGUAGUUCUUACUUAUCUUAUUUGACCUUUUGGUCUUUUCAAAGUAUUACUUCACUCUUUUUCCAA